UUUAGUCAUCAAGUCUAAAAGAAGAUAAAUAGUAACCCAGUUAGUCAGAAAGACACUGAGAUCUAUAAACGCUACAACACUGAGAGUUUACUUCCUUCACCUUUCAGUUAUUUUUACAGUGAUGGAGCAGCAUUUGUUCCUACUUUUGUUUCUUACAGGAGUCGUCCCUCUCGUCCUGUCUGACACUCGUCAGUACUUUCUGAUCCAACAGGGGAAAACAUGGAGUGAUGCUCAGGCUUACUGUCAAGAUAAAUACAAAGAUCUGGCUAUCAUCAAGACCAGUGCAGACAUGGUUCAACUUCAGAAUGAAGCACAGAGACAACAAUUCACUUCCAGUGCUUGGAUUGGAAUGUACAAUGACAUUAAUGGCUGGAAAUGGUCUCUUGGAUAUGAGCCAGUGGGAAGCAUGAGACUGUGGGGAAUUUGGCAGCCUGACAACUGGCAGGGAAAAGAAUCAUGUGGUGGAAUGAAUGGGGGCACUUGGCAUGAUAGGCAAUGUACUGACCAAGUCCCCUUUGUGUGCUUUGAUGACACAAAAACUGGCAAUCAGAAGUACAUUUACAUUUCUACCCAUAUGACAUGGUCUGCAGCUCAAGCUUACUGCAGAACGUAUUAUACUGAUCUGGCCAGUGCUAGAGAUGCAACAGCAAAUUCAAUUAUAGCAGGAUUGAUCUCUGGCAUGACUUGGUUUGGUCUGUUCAGAGAGACCUGGAAGUGGGUAGACCAUAAAAAUGUCUCUACCGUCACCUGGAUGACCGGAGAACCUAAUAAUGCCCAGGGGAAUGAAAACUGCGUUUAUUUAAAUAAUGGCCUGGCUGCUGAUUCACAGUGCUCAGCCCUGAUGCCUUUUUUCUGUUAUGAAGUCACUAGAAAACAACAAAUCAUAAGGUUGAAGAUUCAGUCCAGUCAGGAUGUGAAUGAUACUGCAAUAAAGGAGACCAUAUUGGAGCAGGUGGGUCUCAUCCUCCUCAAGACUCCAUAUAUAACAUACAUUCUCCUUCUCAUUACUGCAGCCACAACCUGAGUCUUCAUCAAUCUCUGAUCAAAAACAAACUGAAGGAUCAUGGGAUGGCAGAAAACAUCACAGUUAAAUGGAGAGACUGAUGAGAUGGAAGCGUGUUUCACAAGGAGAAAAAAAGGCUAAUAAACAAAACAAAAAAAGACUAAUAAAAAACAAAAAAGAACUCUAAGUCUAAAUCUAAUUUACUAAGUUAAGAUUAUUUUUCAAGUUUAUUUCUAAGGUAAUAUUUAUAGAUAAAUAUAGAUCUUUACUUCUUUAGUUUUUCAGAUACAAGUAACAAGCAUGUAUUCAAAGUCUAACAACACUCAAACCUUUAUAUACUCAUUUUAAUUUUAAGAUAUGUAAUAUACUCAUAAAUAGACAUACAUAUAUAAAUAUUGUUUCAUUAUCAUAAGUGUUAACUAUUCAUUCUCUUCCUGGUGAAUUAGAGAUCAAAUACUAUGUGAUGUGAGAAUACAUGAAUAAUGUGUAGGAUAUUUCCCUAUGCUGAGACUUUUCUGCUUCCUCCUUAACUCUAUCUGCAGGAAUUCCAAUGUGAAACAAGGCCAAUAACAAUACAGUUUUAUUCUCAGCUCAGUUUUAUUCAUGUUUAACUUACAUAAUACUGCUCAUUCAAUAAUAAGGCUAUGAUUUCAUGUUCUAAUGCAUUUCCAUGAAAACCAUUUAAAUAAAGAA